AGACAGCUUUUCCUUGCAAAACAUGAGAAGACGUUUCUUCCAUUGGAAUCCAACGGAGAAAGAGGAGCACAGACAAACGGAGAAGGAAGAGGUCCGUCAUCUGUGUCUCCUCCCACAAAUAGAUUCUAGUUUCCGAGGUGCGGUGAAUUGGCGACAGAGAUAGAGACAAUCAUGGAUUAUGAAGGUAACGGUUGGAUUUGGGACGGGGUAUCCUACAGCCCACACCUCUUUGGUGGUCUAAUGCUCACAGCUGCCUUGCUGGGACUGUCAUCUAGUUAUUUUGGAGGGAUUGGGGUUCCUUCUCUGCCAUACUCCUGGUCUGGUUUGGGAGUUUUCCGCAAAAAGAGAAUUGGGAAGAAGCGCGUUCGGGUUUAUAUGGAUGGUUGUUUUGAUCUGAUGCAUUAUGGGCAUGCUAAUGCUCUCAGACAAGCAAAAGCGCUUGGGGAUGAGUUAGUUGUGGGUCUUGUUAAUGACGAGGAGAUUUUGGCUAAUAAAGGUCCGCCUGUUUUGUCGAUGGAGGAGAGGCUGGCCCUUGUGAGUGGAUUGAAAUGGGUGGAUGAAGUCAUUACUGAUGCUCCCUAUGCUAUUACUGAGCAAUUCUUGAAUCGUCUCUUUCAUGAAUACAAAGUAGACUAUAUCAUACACGGUGAUGAUCCUUGCCUGCUUCCAGAUGGGACUGACGCUUAUGCCUUGGCAAAGAAAGCUGGGCGCUAUAAGCAAAUUAAACGUACUGAAGGAGUUUCCAGCACAGAUAUCGUAGGCAGAAUACUUUCUUCUCUGGGAGAUACGAAAGUUUGUAAAGAUCAUGAUGACAAUGAUGCAAGGCUUGAGGAAGAAAGCCAGUUGAAGGGUGCCCAUUUGGCGCAUUUCUUACCAACUUCCCGACGCAUUGUCCAGUUUUCAAAUGGCAAGGGCCCUGGACCAAAUGCUCGUAUUGUUUACAUUGAUGGGGCAUUUGAUCUCUUCCAUGCAGGACAUGUUGAGAUUCUUAAGAGGGCUCGGGAGCUUGGAGAUUUUCUUCUGGUUGGUGUCCACACUGACGAGACAGUGAGUGAACAUCGGGGGAGCCACUAUCCAAUUAUGCAAUUGCAUGAACGUAGUCUCAGUGUGCUGGCUUGUCGUUAUGUAGAUGAGGUCAUUAUCGGUGCGCCUUGGGAAAUUACAAAUGAUAUGAUUACAACUUUCAAUAUCUCCCUAGUUGUUCAUGGCACAGUCGCAGAGAAGUCACAAAAUUGUGAUAUUGAUCCAUACAAGGUACCAAUGAUGAAGGGAAUAUUCCGGUUGCUUGAUAGCCCAAAGGAAGUAACCACUACUUCAGUGGCCCGAAGGAUAAUGGCUAAUCACGAAGCUUACAAGAAACGCAAUGCUAAGAAGGCUACGAGUGAGAAGAAAUACUACGAAGAGAAAAAAUAUGUUUCCGGAGACUAGCUGUAUAUAUAUAGACGUGUUGGAGCGUAGUUUGGUGCUGCACUUUGACUUAACUUUAUCACAAUUGGUGUCCUAUGGAUAGAGAAGGAAUGAUAUUUAUUUGAAGGACGUGUUCAGAGGAUGAUACUUCACGAAAAGGCCUCACAAGAACAUUGGGAAACCAUCAUGUUUUUCCAUUUUAUUUAUUAGGUGGCUUCCUUGGUGGUAUACCUCCCAUUUCUAUAGAAUUUGGAUUUUUUUGUUGUUGUCUUACAUAUGGGGGGGUGCGCCACAACCCGAGUUUGUCCAUUUAAACACAAAAUUGACUAGUACAAGUUUUGAAUGUAUCAUGAAUUUUCCUGCUAUUUGAUUUUCAAAUAUAAGCAGUUUAAAAUUAUUCUAAAAA